GUAUGCUCUGGCCAGGGCUUUGGGGAGAGGAUGGCUGAGUGGGAGAGGCGGCGGAGUUCCCCGUGGCCCUCCUUGCGAGAGGCUGGAAGAGCUCUUCUCUCCCUGGAGGGGGUCUCACCGCGUUCGGGGUGGGAGGUCAGCCGCAGGAUGUGGAAGGGACGGUGAGUGCUGUGAGCGCCCCGACACUGAGCGGGUGUGCAGAGCCUGGCUGCCGCCAAGUAUCUCAUCUUUACAGUGUGGAGCCCCCUGGAGCUAAAAUCAGGAUGUUCCGCUUCAUGAGGGAUGUGGAGCCUGAGGAUCCCAUGUUCCUGAUGGACCCCUUUGCUAUUCACCGUCAGCAUAUGAACCGGAUGUUGUCAGGUGGCUUUGGAUACAGCCCCUUCCUCAGCAUUACGGAUGGCAACAUGCCAGGGACCAGGCCUGCCAGCCGCAGGAUGCAGGCUGGGGCCGUCUCUCCCUUUGGGAUGCUGGGAAUGUCGGGUGGCUUCAUGGACAUGUUUGGGAUGAUGAACGACAUGAUCGGAAACAUGGAACACAUGACUGCUGGAGGCAACUGCCAGACCUUCUCAUCCUCCACAGUCAUCUCCUACUCCAAUACGGGUGACGGUGCCCCCAAGGUCUACCAGGAGACGUCAGAGAUGCGCUCGGCACCAGGCGGGAUCCGGGAGACUCGGAGGACUGUGCGGGACUCGGACAGUGGACUAGAGCAGAUGUCCAUUGGACAUCACAUCCGAGAUCGGGCUCACAUCCUCCAGCGCUCCCGAAACCACCGCACAGGGGACCAGGAAGAGCGGCAGGACUACAUCAACCUGGAUGAAAGUUGUCCACAGGCGGUGUCUGGUCUCUGUCUUCUUCAGGUGAGGCCGCAGCAUUUGAUGAUGAAUGGCGGAGAGAGACCUCCCGAUUCCGGCAGCAGCGCCCUCUGGAAUUUCGAAGGCAUGAAGCUUCAGGGGGUGGAGGCCGAAGGACCGAGGGGCCUCCCCGCCUGGCCAUACAAGCACCUGAGGACUCCCCCUCCCGACAGUCCCGCCGCUAUGACUGGUGAGGGCCCUGGGCCCUCAGCCUCUCUUGUACAGGCUGAGAGGCUGACAAAUCAUCCCCCGAUAUAACUUUUUCCUCUCCAACUCCCACUCCCACUUUAAUAUUAAAUUAACAGGCAAGCUGGCCCCCACUCUCCCUGGAGUCUCAGGGAGAACCUUUCACUGCCCCCUUUAUCUACAUUUUCCUUCUUUAAUUCCCUUCCCAGUGACUCCACAUCUCCUGUAUCCACUAACUUGAUUUUUCAUUUUGCUGCUCCAUCUUUGAACCUCCUCACCUUCCCCAUUCUACCCCUGCCAUACAUUGAAGGCUUUUGUGGGGAGCUCUGGGUUUAGGGGCCUCCUCCCUCCCUCAGCUACCUUGGACCUUUGCCCACCUCCUUCUCAGAUCCCCUGCUGCAGGGGUCAUAGCCCUCAUUCAGGGGGCUAUGUGGAGAGAGAGGACUGGUUCUCACCCCCUUCUCCCUUCCCAUCUCCUACACAUCACAAAAAUCUUCCCUGUGUCCUCUACCUUUAUUUUUUGUUUGUGCAACUUGUAACUAGGUGUUUAAGGAAUAAAGGAGAAUGGGGAAAAAAACCAA